AGCAUUUGUUGUUACUUAACCCACAAGCUUGCAUAGAAACCAAACAAAAGGAGAAAUGGAGCUUCAUCACCAUUUUAGCCAUGAACAUCCUUUAGAGUUCAUCGAAGAGCGCAACCUUAAAAGUAAGAAGGCUAAUUGUUCAGGAUGUGGGGAGCUGGUAUCAGGUCCAAGCUAUAGUUGUACGGAGUGUGAGUUUUACCUUGACAAGAAAUGCUUCGAGGCCUCCUCAGAGGUAAAUCACCCCUUUCAUCCCAACCAUGGCCUUAAACUUUUAGCAAGUCCACCGUACAUAGGUUCAUGGGCUAUUUGUGAUUUUUGUGACAAAAGAUGUGAGCAAUUUGUUUAUCAUUGUUCAUGUAAGUUAGACUUUCAUAUAAAAUGUGCUUUGUUUUCAAAAAUCAUUGCUGAAAAUAAGGUAGGGGAGCUUGAAGGUGUUUCCCAAAAAGAUCUAUUGGUCUCUCCUGAAAAUGGUUCCGAGGAACUUGAAGAAACCGAGUGCUUUGCAUGUAGGAAGCCAUUACUAGAUUCUCCAUACAUUUCUUUUGAUUCUAGAUUUCAUUUGCAUAAAAAAUGUCUUGAUCUACCUAUUGAAGUCAAUCAUCUUUUUCAUAGCCAACACCCUCUAGUUUUACAAUUCAAUAGUCAGCGUCUCCCUUGUCAAAUUUGCAAAACAACCCAACCUAGGGGACUUGUCUAUUGUUGUUCACCUUGUGAAUUUGCCAUUCAUAUUGCCUGUGUUGAGCGACCAACUAGAAUUAACCACCCUUGUCACCGUCACCAUCCUCUUAUUCUACAGCUUAAUUUGAAAUCUCUUCUCUGUCAAAUCUGUCGGGAAACACAAGCUUUGUCACCUGCUUAUUAUUGUUCCGCAUGCAAGUUUGGACUUCAUGUUAAAUGUGUCUCUCCAAAACCUAGUAUCAAAGGUGAAAUUCAUGAACACCCAUUCUCCUUGUUUUGGAGACAAGUCCCAUUCAUUUGUGAUGCUUGUGGAACAAGCGGAGAUUAUAUCUCUUAUAUUUGUUCUCCAUGUGGCCUUAUAGUUCAUGAAAGUUGCAUUUCAUUGCAACCCAUCAUCAAAAGGUUUCCACGACAUGGUCACCCAAUUUCCCACACAUUCAUCCCUGGGCAAUAUGAGAUCAAAUCAUGGAAAUGCAAGAUUUGCAAUGAGGAGGUGAAUUCGAAGCAUGGCUGUUACUGUUGUUAUGAUUGUAAUUACGUUGUCCAUGCAAAUUGUGCAAUGGAAAAUUACAGAUGGUACAAGAUAUUCGACGAUGAGAUUGAAGAAAUGGGUGACUUGCUUAACAAUUCAGCCUUCGUUGUUAUUAGAGAGACCAAACUUGGAGAAAAUGAUGUAAUACCCACAGAGAUAAAACAUUUAAGCCAUCCUCACAACUUAAUUUUCAGCAAUGAUGUUAAGGAUGAUAUAUAUUGCGAUGGCUGCGUGUUGUUCAUCUCUACUUCAUUUUACCAUUGUGCACAUUGUAAUUUCUUUCUCCAUAAAUCAUGUGCUGAAUUGCCUAAGAAGAUGUACGAUUGGAGUCAUGUGCACCAACGUCCCCUCACUCUUACGUUUCAUGCUGAUUUUUUGUGUAUUUCAUGUAGAUAUCUGUUCAAUAACUGUUUCUCCUAUGAUUGUAAUGUCUGUGGGUUGCCUUCCUGCUUCUGUUGUGUUCGAUUCUCGGAUACCCCUACGUGUCAAGGGCAUGAACGCCGCCUUUUCCUUUACGGUAAGUAUGAAGGGCAAUGCAAUGGCUGUGGAAAUAAUCUAGAGUAUGCGUAUGCUUGCAAACAGUGCAACUUUGCCGUGGAAUACGGUUGUCUUACGCUUCCGGACAAGAUUCAACACAAGUGUGACGAACAUCCCCUCAUGCUCACAUAUGGUGAGGAAAACAUUUAUUCAGAGUACCAUUACUGUGAAAUUUGCGAAAAAAGAAGAAAUCCAAGCCGUUGGUUUUACCGCUGUGCAAUUUGUGACAAUUCAGUCCAUAAAGAUUGUGUUCUUAAUGCAUACUCAUAUAUGAAGCUCGGAAAGACCUACACAGCAAAAGAUCACCCACACCCACUCACUUUCACUCGGAAGGUCUAUGACUACCCUCCUAAAUGCCAUAUAUGUGAGGAGCAUUGUGAAGAUCUAUCUGCUGAGUGUCUAGAGAAUGGGUGUAACUACAUUGUUCAUUGGAAAUGUAUAGACCCUUAUAGAGAGGAUAUCUUAUAUUGGUCGAGGUGGUGGCCAAAGGGAGAAGACAAAGAGGUUCAUGAUUGAUGGCACCCAAUGCUACUUUCUGCACCCAAGUUUCUGAAAAAAAAAUCCCUUAAUGUAGUGUUCUUGUGUGUUCUUUAUGGUUUUUAUUGUAAAUAAAAUGUGAUGCUAGUGCUACAUGUUUGAAAAUAA